AUGCCACGGGCGGUCAUCUCGGAGGCCGAAGGGAACAAGGCGCUUGAGGCUGCAGGGACGGACAUCAAGUACCUGCUAUCGAGGCAUGAGGUCAGCGUUGACAAUCAGAAGCUGUUCUUCCACCAUGGAGUGACCACCAUAGAGAAGCUCUCGAACUUUGCAAAGGACAGAGAUGAUUUGGCAGCAGUUCUCAAAGAGCACUGGGAGCUGGACUCGGACAGAUCACUGGAGGAGAGGGUGCAGGUGGCGGCAAUCACCUGCGCCUUUAGCAAUGCAAAGACAAGGAGUCAGAGGGCCGCAGAGGUCGACGCAGAGUACGACACACUGCAGUGGUCACGGCCCGUAGUGGCGGGAGAAUGGGCGGCAAUGCGCUCAGCAUUGGAGAAGAGGUACGGCCACUUGGAGGACAAGAUCUACCCGCCGAAAGAAUUUGUUGAAAAGAAGUUGGCGGAGGUUGAAAGUGGUGAAUAUCGGGCUGAGGAGCUUACAGAAGUUGUGUCAAAAGAAGAAAUCGAGCCCGAUGGGGUCGUGCCCAUUUGGGACUCCAAGGGCCGUCUGGCCAUGCGGAAGGCAUCUACGAAGGUGCAAGAACCGGCAAACGCUGAAGAACUUCGUCGGCGACUGACUAUUUGGAAGAAUGCCAUGGUUAUGAUCUCGCUGAAGCACUCGAACCGGCAUGAACUACAAGGUGCUUGGGAAGAGACGGUGGAGCAAUACAAAGAUUAUUUGUUGGGUGACUAUGUCUAUGGGUUGAGUGCCAAAGACGCUGAGGGCCAGACCUUUGCUGCGCCACCAUGGAAGUUGGUCAUAGCCUAUGAGAGAGCCAUCAGGAAGCAAGCAGUCAAGCUCACCAAUACAGAAGGCAAGCCCCUGACCGUGGCACUCAAGAUGGCAUGGAAAGACGCAACAGUGAAGGAGAGGAACUUCACAACCCCUUUGGCAUUGUAUGCAAAAAGGCCGACGCCGCCGUGGAGGGAGCAGCCAGUGCAGAAGUGGGCCGCUACGGAGAAGGGCGCCAAGGGGAAGGACAAGGGCAAAGGAAAGAAAGGCAGGGGCAUGGGUGGCAGACACUUGAAAGUCCUCUAUAUCUUUUCCGGGAGGAAGCGCCGCAAUUCAGUGGCUUGGUACCUCCGGGAGCUUGCACUACGAAAGGGUGUUCAGGUGGAGAUCACCGAAUUGGACAUCCAGUCUGACAGACGAUCGGACUUCACAAUCCCCGCUGUACAGAAGAAGUGGCUUCAGUUGAUUGCUCAAGGCAUCUACUACGCUGUUAUCGUGACUCCACCCUGUUCGACCUUUUCGAGAGCAGUGUGGGCGAAUGAUUUGGGGCCUUUCCCACUGAGGAGUUCCACCUACCCGAGAGGGUUUCCAUGGAAUAGGGCUGAUCGGUUUCACAAAGCAGAAUUUGGGACGAUUCUGGCAGACUUCUCUUUUGAGGCACUGAAGCGUCAAUUUGCAUGCGGGCGGCGCAUAGGGUUGAUGGAGCAGCCUGAGGACUUGGGCAGGACCAACUAUGAGAGAAUUCCAGGCCAUCAACCGGCCUCGAUGUGGCAGUUUUGGCAGUUUCGGCAGCUUCUUGAGCUUCCAGACAUUCAAACUGUUGUAUUCGCCCAGUCUGACUUCGGUACAGAGUCGCCCAAGCCUACGAGGUGGCCACCAGAGAGGAGGAUGAAGCUGGAGGGCAGAGAAUGGGUGAUGGUGAGACACCACAUUUUGUUAGCGGCUGUGAAGCGCUUGGGGAGUGUGGCGGAGGUCGAGAAGGAGGCCUCUAGGAUGGCAAGAGGAGGAGACUCAUUCCAGCUCGUCAGAGAAGAGGCCUUUCUGCAAGAGAUCAGGGACAUCCUCGCGGAGAAGUUGGACAUUCCGAGGCAGGAGCGCCCGGAGGAAGGGCAGCCAUUCUUCCUUGACACCAUGAAGGGGGUACUUCAAAGAGCUGGGGACCCGGACUGGGAGUUCCUAGAGCAGGCGAAGACAGGCCUGCCCCUUGGUAUACUCCAUGAGAUGCCAAGGACUCCUGCAGUCUUUGAAGAGCAGGUGAAGUGGAGCCUGGAGGGUGAUGGCUGGGGCAGUGCAGUAUGGCAGAAGGACAACUAUGCUUCGGCUGCCGAGCACGAAAAGUACUUGGUUGAGCAUCUGGAGCAAGAGGUGGCUGAGGGGCUCAUGGUGAAGAUGAGCGAGGAGGACUUUGUCCGUACUUAUGGCAAGAAUCGUGCUGUUGCAGCGUUGGCAGUUUUGGUGGAGGACGAACUGACAGGCAAGAAGCGUGUUAUUCAUGAUGGCACGCAUGGUGUCAUGGUGAAUCACCGAAUCAAGUGCAGAGACAAGGUUCGGAUGCCAGGACCCCGAGAGAAGCGCACCUUGCUGGAGGAGUAUGGGGCUGACCGUGCGGCGGUCUUGUCACUGGUUGGCGAUUUUGCAAAAGCACAUCGGCGUUUCAAGUACCUGAAGGAGGAGCAUGGGUUUUUAGCAUGCAAGGCAGCCACCCGGUCGAGCACUGUCUAUGUCAACCAGGUGGGCACCUUCGGUAUCGCCUCAACACCGUACUGGUGGGCGAGAUUGAGUGCAGCCCUGAUGAGGCUAGUGUACUGGGUUUUGGGAGGUGAUUUUCCCAAUGACAUGUUGCUGUACGCUGAUGACCUGGAGGUGCUUGCUAUAGGUCGUCAAGGGAGGAUUGGUGGAGUGUUGGCCUAUGCAGUUAUGGCCGCUCUUGGUGCACCCUUCAAGUGGGCCAAACAACGAGGUGGCCUGGUGACAGAGUGGAUCGGCUUGACCACGGACUACCAGUCCUUCUCCAUGGGCCUCUCGGUGAAGAGGACGGGCUGGGUCCUUGAGUGGAUAGCUUCUUUGAGGAGGAGGAAAGAGGUCACUUAUCGCGAGUUUGCUGCAGGUCUUGGAAGGCUGGGCUUCUCUGCACUGGCCCUCCCCUGGGAGAGGCCUCUACUGGGUCCUUUGUAUGCGUGGGCCUCGGCAAUUCAAAUGAAUCGGGGUGCGAUGACCAUUCCUUGGGCUAUCCAAUUCAUCUUGGACUGGAUUGCCAAGAGGUCACAGAGGUUAGCGCCCCCCUGGCUUUACUAUCGGGGAAAGAACCCGAAGCGAGUUAUUGCUGCAUUGGAAUUGCUGGCGACUCUGGUCGCUUUGAAACUAUGGCUGAAGAGUGCAGGAGAUUCAGCUGAGGUGUGUGCAGAGGCCUUCACGGAUAACCGGGGCAACGCCUUCAUCCUGAAGAAAGGGCUCUCCACAAAAUACCCUGUCACGUUGCUUGUGAUUGAGGUGGCGGAGACACUUCGAAGAUGUGAUGCCUUCGCAACCCUCACUUGGGUCAGGAGAGACGGGAACGAACUGGCUGAUGCUCUGACCAAUGAGGACUUCAGCGCCUUUGAUCACCAGAGGAGAGAGGCAGUAGAAGAAGGAGGGCUCCAAUGGCACGUGAUGGACGAGCUAUUGAGGGGCAGUGAGGUGCUUUUCAAUGAGAUCAAGGAGCACAAAAAAGAAGAAACAGGAUGA